AUGCUUUAUCAUGCUAUGAUUGGCAGACCAUGGUGCUUGUAUAUUUUCUACUGUCUAUGUUUACUUUUAUUGGCUGUUGUGACAAAUGCGUCUUCAGUAGAGGAUACUGAGGGGGUUUGGCAUUCACCAUCGGCGGUGAUAAAACCAACUGAAGGAAGGGCUCGUAUGCUGCAUGAAGAGAAUGGGGGACCGGAUAACAACGAAGACGAGACUGGGCGUCUAAAAGGGGAAGUUGCUCGUCUCCGAAAACUGACUGAAGGCCAAGUGACAGAAGCUGAAGCAAAGGAGGAAGAGGCGAAGAGGCAUCAAGCGGAGGAAGAGGCGGCGAAGAGGCAUCAAGCGGAGGAAGAAGCGGCGAAGAGGCGCCAAGCGGAGGAAGAAGCUGAGAAGAGGCAUCAAGCGGAGGAAGAGGCGGCGAAGAAGCAUCAAGCGGAAGAAGAAGCGGAGAGGAGGCGCCAAGCGGAGGAAGAAGCUGAGAAGAGGCGCCAGGCGGAGGAAGAAGCUGAGAAGAGGCGCCAAGCGGAGGAAGAAGCGGCGAAGAGGCGCCAAGCGGAGGAAGAAGCUGAGAAGAGGCAUCAAGCGGAGGAAGAGGCGGCGAAGAGGCAUCAAGCGGAAGAAGAAGCGGAGAAGAGGCGCCAAGCGGAGGAAGAAGCGGAGAAGAGGCAUCAAGCGGAAGAAGAAGCUGAGAAGAGGCGCCAAGCGGAGGAAGAAGCUGAGAAGAGGCGCCAAGCGGAGGAAGAGGCGGCGAAGAGGCAUCAAGCGGAGGAAGAAGCUGAGAAGAGGCGCCAAGCGGAGGAAGAAGCGGCGAAGAGGCGCCAAGCGGAGGAAGAAGCGGCGAAGAGGCGCCAAGCGGAGGAAGAAGCUGAGAAGAGGCGCCAGGCGGAGGAAGAAGCGGAGAAGAGGCAUCAAGCGGAGGAAGAAGCUGAGAAGAGGCGCCAAGCGGAGGAAGAAGCGGCGAAGAGGCAUCAAGCGGAGGAAGAAGCGGCGAAGAGGCAUCAAGCGGAGGAAGAAGCUGAGAAGAGGCGCCAAGCGGAGGAAGAAGCGGAGAAGAGGCGCCAAUCAGAGAAGGACACGCAAAAUUUUUUGAAGAGGUAUAAUUCCGAGGGAAACAAGGGACUAGAGUUUCUGAGGAUCUUGGUUUUUCAGACAGAUGAGUUGGAAAGUUCUGUGAAUGCAGCCAGGGAAGAAAUCAACAAAUUCUGUUUUUUGGCAGGGACGAUAUCCACCAGCUGCCAUGAAGCCCUUUCAGAUCUUCAUGCUGCCACGUCAAGAUUGGCUGUUGCCGUCAACACUCUGGGCAAGAAAUUGGAUAUUGAAGACGAGCCGCCUCGCGGAUCCGAAAGGAAGAGCAACAAAACCGGGCAAGAGGGUAGUAGACCGUUUUUUGGGAGUCAACCGCACGGUGAAGAGGAGGCGAUUCCCGCUGAAAUUUGGGGAGUAUGGAAUUGGGUUGGAGCCCUGCUUCUAAUAGUCUUGGCAAGUGUGAUCAAUAGGAUGCGGGAGGCUCCAAAAGAGAAGAGGGAGGUGGAUAAAAUAAAGUUUCAUGGCAAAAAUGGAGAGAAGGAGGAUCAACGCGGGAGCCACCACAGCAUUGGCAGUGAAAAGUCUGAAAAUGGAUUGCCCCUCAACAGUGCGCUAUCCCAGGGGGCGAACAGAAACACUGCCCCAGGGCUUGUGCGUCGCCAACCAGCCGUCAACAGUGAAGUCAAGACUUCUUUUCCUGCUCUCCCGAAAAAACCUUUAGUUAAACCAUUUUUGCCAGGUCCAGGGGAGGAAAGUGCGUUGCAACUUGGGGGAACGCCAAAGCAGCAUGGAGUUACGGGACCUGUCCCUUUCAGGCCGCCGCAACCAGUCUGGUUAAAUCAGAAUGGCCCGUCACCUAGUGGACCAUCGAGUGAUCUUUGCCAUAGUUUAUUGGUUGCCGAAAAUUCUGUUGCGGCCGAGAAGGCAAAGGAAGAUAGUGCAGGAUCCUUAGGCGAACUUCGAAAUCCAUUUCUCCAGAGGUGGUCAUGA